GGGGCUCAGACUUGCGGCCGGGAGUAGCGGGAACCGGCGGGCACUGGACCGGGUGACCCGACGUGGUCGCGUGGCGGGUGGUCAGGUCUCCGGGUGGUCGGGUGUCCGCCCCGGGAUCCGGCCGCCCCGGCGGGAGUCGGCAGUGCUCGGCGGGGCCUGGGUCCCGGGCGCCCGGCCCCGUCAGCUCCCGCCGCGGCCGCCAUGUGGUGCCUGCACUGCAACUCGGAGCGGACCCAGUCCCUGCUGGAGCUGGAGCUUGACAGCGGCGUGGAGGGCGAGGCCCCCAGCAGCGAGACCGGCACGUCCCUGGACAGCCCGUCGGCCUACCAGGGCCCCCUAGCGCCCGGUUCCAGCCUGAGCCCGGACCACUACGAGCACACGUCGGUGGGAGCCUAUGGGCUGUACGCGGGCCCGCCAGGGCAACAGCAGCGCACACGGAGGCCCAAGCUGCAGCACUCGACCUCCAUCCUGCGCAAGCAGGCCGAGGAGGAGGCCAUCAAGCGCUCGCGGUCACUCUCUGAGAGCUAUGAGCUCUCCUCGGACCUGCAGGACAAGCAGGUGGAGAUGCUAGAACGCAAGUAUGGAGGCCGCCUUGUGACGCGCCAUGCGGCCCGCACCAUCCAGACGGCCUUCCGCCAGUACCAGAUGAACAAGAACUUCGAGCGCCUGCGCAGCUCCAUGUCGGAGAACCGCAUGUCGCGCCGUAUCGUGCUGUCCAACAUGAGGAUGCAGUUCUCCUUCGAGGGUCCUGAGAAGGUGCACAGCUCCUACUUCGAGGGGAAGCAGGUCUCGGUGACGGACGAUGGCUCGCAGCUGGGGGCCCUGGUGCCGUCGGAGCGCGGCGACCUCGGCGAGCCUCCCGCCCUCAAGUCUCCCGCCCCAUCCAGCGACUUCGCGGACGCCAUCACGGAGCUGGAGGACGCCUUCUCCCGGCAGGUGAAAUCGCUGGCAGAGUCCAUCGACGACGCCCUCCACUGCCGCAGCCUGCACUCGGGGGAGGCGCCCCCUGCCGACACGGGGCGGGCCCGGGAUGCCGAGCCCAAGCCGGCCCUGCACGGCGCUGACCACCACAAACUGGACGAGAUGACGGCCUCGUACAGCGAUGUCACCCUGUACAUCGAUGAGGAGGAGCUGUCGCCCCCACUGCCCCUCUCACAGGCCGGGCACCGGCCGCCCAGCGCCGAGUCGGACCCGCGGCUGCGAGCCGGGGGCGCCUCGCAGGACUACUGGGCGCUGGCCCACAAAGACGACAAGGGGGACACGGACACGAGCUGCCGGAGCACGCCGUCGCUCGAGCGGCAAGAGCAGCGGCUGCGCGUGGAGCACCUCCCGCUGCUCACCAUCGAGCCGCCCAGCGACAGCUCCGUGGACCUCAGCGACCGCUCAGACCGCGGCUCGCUCAAGAGGCAGAGCGCCUACGAACGCGGCCUGGGCGGGCCACAGGGCAGCCCCAAGCACGGCCCCCUGGGCUGCCCCCCGAAGAGCCUUCCCCGGGAGGAGCCCGAGUUGCGGCCCCGGCCCCCCCGGCCCCUGGACAGCCACCUGGCCAUCAACGGCUCGGCCAACAGGCAGAGCAGGUCCGAGUCUGACUACUCGGACGGGGACAACGACAGCAUCAACAGCACAUCCAACUCCAACGACACCAUCAACUGCAGCUCUGAAUCGUCGUCCCGUGACAGCCUGCGGGAGCAGACGCUCAGCAAGCAGACCUACCACAAGGAGACCCGCAACAGCUGGGACUCCCCGGCCUUCAGCAACGACGUCAUCCGCAAGAGGCACUAUCGCAUUGGCCUCAAUCUCUUCAACAAGAAGCCUGAGAAGGGCGUCCAGUACCUCAUCGAACGUGGCUUUGUGCCUGACACGCCAGUGGGGGUGGCCCACUUCCUGCUGCAGCGCAAGGGCCUCAGCAGGCAGAUGAUCGGCGAGUUCCUGGGCAACCGACAGAAACAGUUCAACCGAGAUGUGCUGGACUGUGUGGUAGACGAGAUGGAUUUCUCCGCCAUGGAGCUGGACGAAGCUCUCCGGAAGUUCCAGGCACACAUCCGGGUCCAAGGGGAGGCUCAGAAGGUGGAGCGGCUCAUCGAGGCGUUCAGCCAGCGGUACUGCAUCUGCAACCCUGGGGUGGUUCGGCAGUUCCGGAACCCAGACACCAUUUUCAUCCUGGCCUUUGCCAUCAUCCUGCUCAACACAGACAUGUACAGCCCCAACGUCAAACCUGAGCGGAAAAUGAAGCUGGAGGACUUCGUCAAGAACCUGCGAGGUGUGGACGAUGGUGAGGACAUUCCCCGGGAGAUGCUAAUUGGGAUCUACGAGCGCAUUCGCAAGCGGGAACUGAAAACCAACGAGGACCACGUGUCCCAGGUGCAGAAGGUGGAAAAGCUCAUCGUGGGGAAAAAGCCGAUUGGAUCCCUGCAUCACGGGCUUGGCUGUGUGCUCUCUCUGCCCCACCGGCGGCUGGUCUGCUACUGCCGGCUCUUCGAGGUUCCAGACCCAAACAAGCCCCAGAAGCUCGGGCUGCACCAGCGAGAAAUCUUCCUGUUUAACGACCUCCUGGUGGUGACCAAGAUCUUCCAGAAAAAGAAGAACUCGGUGACGUACAGCUUCCGACAGUCCUUCUCCCUGUACGGCAUGCAGGUUCUGCUCUUCGAGAACCAAUACUACCCCAAUGGCAUCCGGCUCACAUCUGCUGUCCCCGGAGCAGACAUCAAAGUGUUAAUAAACUUUAACGCUCCCAAUCCUCAAGACCGAAAGAAGUUCACCGACGACCUGCGGGAGUCCAUCGCGGAAGUGCAGGAGAUGGAGAAGCACAGGAUAGAGUCGGAGCUCGAGAAGCAGAAAGGCGUCGUGCGGCCCAGCAUGUCCCAGUGCUCCAGCCUCAAAAAGGAGUCCGGCAACGGGACGCUGAGCCGAGCCUGCCUGGAUGACAGCUACGCCAGCGGUGAGGGCCUCAAGCGCAGCGCCCUCAGCAGCUCCUUGCGGGACCUCUCCGAAGCGGGGAAGCGAGGGCGUCGCAGCAGUGCGGGAUCGCUAGAGAGCAAUGUGGAAUUUCAGCCUUUCGAGCCACUGCAGCCGCCAGUGCUGUGCUCCUAAGCCGUGGGACCGGAGGACUGCCCCGCGGCCCCUGCCCCGGCGGAGAGCCCUUUCAGAAAGGGCGAAGCUAGUGCUGGACUCCGCGGGCCACAGGCUCCGCACGCCGUGGACGGCGUGGUGCGCCGUGGCCAGACGGCAGGACGACCGAGGGGAGCCCACCUGGCGGGCCGGCCGGGGGCCCCGCCCGUUUCCCUCCCCACCCGCCCCUUUGUCAUGUCAUCGAGGCCACCAUACCAGCAAAUCUGCAAACCGAGCACUUUGUUAAUCUCCACAGAGAGCAAAUACAGCAAUCUAGAGUUUAGCCUUUUUUUUUUUUUUUUUUUUUUGGAAGAAGUGUGACUUUAACCUGCCCACCUUUAUCUUCCCAUCGUGUCGUGUUUCUCUCCCGGGCACCUGCUCGGAAGGAGGGACGUGUACAAAGCACGGGUGCGUCUGAUCUGGUCCAGGCCAGGCUGGUGGGAGGCUCCCCACUUCCACCGGCUCCUAGAUUCCUUGGUUUUCCUGCAGAAUCAGGCUCCCCGAGGCGUUCUCUGUCUUGCAGUUUAAAGGUUGUUGUUCUGACCAGGAGAAGUCGAAUUGUACUGCAUGCCAUCUGGCGUCAGUCGUGUGAGGCCACACUCUAUGUAUUGUGUAUUUGCAAACUAUAUCAGUGUUACUGUUGACAAAUAGUUGAAGUAAAGUGAUAACAUAUUAAAUAUGUCAGCCUUUCUUCACCCUCUGUACCGAUAGUAGAGUCUACCUGUAAACUCGAGGUUGUUCCAGAAAAGAUGCAGGCUCUUUGGCACAAGGUUGCCCUUUCUGAAGGGGUGACCACCGAUGAAAAAGGGUGGACAGCAAAGCCGAUGGGGUCGGGUAGGGGAGCGCUGUCUCCAUCGCCGUCCUUCGUGCACCACGGGCCACUCAGAACCCUUACUUCCAAAACUGCCGUCCGUGUGUCCUGAAGCGUGGUCUGGUGGCCACACGGCCGGAUCUAGCGAAAGGGGGCUUCUCGAACCAAUUCCCUUUCUCCCCAUGUGUCCAACUUUGUAUAGCGUGUUGGGCUCAGGUCAGCGAGGCUUCAUCAUUCUUUGUUUGAUUUACACGCUUACCGUGGGAAGCGUCUCCAGGGAGUGUUUCCAAGGAGGCUGGAGCCACGCUGCCCGGAAUCUCGUUUGGGAAGCAAAAACUGCCGACAGAUUGCUUUCCUGCGCCCCCCGGGCCCCCACCCCCCGGGUCGCGCUCUCGUGGGAUUGUUCUUUCUAGACCCCAGCCUGCCACAGGAUCAGCGCUGUGGGGGCCUGCCGUCCACCCCCCACCCCGGGGAUAGGCAGCAGGACGCCGAGCAGGACGUUUGUGUCCUCCUUCCCCACCGUCAGGACACACUUGGGACCUUUCUCUCAAGUCGUGCAAAUUGUUCCAGUGAAACGGUCAUUUCCGACACGAGCAGGAGUAGAGGAAGCGGCAGGUAGCAUCACAAAAAUCUUUUCUGGGACAACAAUUAAAUCAUGUGUUUGUAUUUUUUUUUUAAGUUUACGAAUGAAUUGUACAACAAUGUAAAAAUAAAGUUCAUCCUAAUAUGAUGUGCACAUAUUGCUUAAAAAUGUCUUCAGUCACCCAGCGUAGAGCGAUGUUUCCAUCACGCGCUGCAUGCAGAAGAAGCCUCUUGUUUGUCUUUAAAACGAGCUGAAAAGACAGCAGAUAUGUAAACACGACCCUAGGUGUUGACUCGGCACUCCCUGCAAAGCUGGGUCUCUACGGGUAAGCAUGCAUCUUACGGUUUCGUUGUAAAAUACCAUCACUCUUCCUGCCUGAAAACUGAGGAAUUUUGUAAAGUAUCUCCAAUAACAACAAUAAUCCAGGAAACAGAUUUCGAGACGGAUCAGUGCCAAGUGGGGGGUGGUGGAAAGGGACAGGUGGGAGGAGGGGCGUGUGCCUCUUUCUUACCCACGAAGGGACACACGUUAGCCUAACCGCGGUCGCAUCGAGGUCCCGCACAGGACCCGUCUCCUCUUGGGAACUGUAGUCCACCUUCUAGUUGUUUUAAACGGUUAGCAUCAGGUCUUGACUGCAGACUUUCCAAAGACUUCGAGAGACACCUCCCUCGCCAGAGGCCCGGCACCCGCUGUGUAACUUUGGGCAGGAAGGGAGUGCUUUUGUUUUAAUACACAUUCUGUUUGUGAGUAGUAACAGACUCUAUUGAUGUAAAACCAUAGCUGUGAUCAUGUGGAGAAAUCAAAUAAAUCCUUUAAAACUCU